AUGCCUGCUGAUUACAAUGGAACCUGGGAAAUGGUAUCCAAUGAAAACUUUGAAGGCUACAUGGUUGCUUUAGGUAUUGAUUUUGCAACUCGUAAGAUUGCAAAACACUUGAAACAAACAAAGGAGAUUGUACAAAAUGGAGACAAUUUUAAAACCAAAACACUCAGUACUUUGAGAAACUAUGAUCUGGAUUACACUGUGGGAGUGGAGUUUGAAGAGCAUACCAAAGGACUGGAUAAUCGAGUGGUGAAGACCCUGGUGACCUGGGAUGGUGACAAACUGGUCUGUGUUCAGAAAGGUGAAAAGAACAACAGGGGCUGGAAACACUGGAUUGAAGGAGACAUCCUGCAUCUGGAACUGACAUGUGAAGACCAGGUGUGCCAUCAGACAUUUAAGAAGAAGAAUUAA